GUGCGUCAUUCAUACCAUCGCUAACUUCACGAGAGUUCAGCGUGUUGAUGUAGAAGAGAAGAUCUCGGAGAAACAAGUUUUUCGCGUGGUGUACACUCGAACUCGAGCGGAAAACAGAGAAAGAUGGAUAUGAAGAAGAGGGUUUUGUUAGAACUGAGGCACCGGUCGCCAUCAGAGGUCCCGGAGCUGGUUCUGGACAACUGCCGCUCCAGUGAUGGAAAGAUGGAGGGAAUCACAGAGGAGUUCUCCAACCUGGAGCUCCUCAGCCUCAUCAACGUGGGUCUGACCAGCAUGGCGGGAAUCCCCAAACUGGACAAACUCAAGAAGUUGGAGCUGAGCGAUAACAGGAUAUCGGGCGGGCUGGAGGUUCUGGCGGAGCGGCUGGUCAACCUGACGCACCUCAACCUGAGCGGGAACAAGUUCAAAGACAUCAGCACGCUGGAGCCGCUGAAAAAACUGCCCCAGCUGAAAAGUCUGGACCUGUUCAACUGCGAGGUCACCAACCUGGCCGACUACAGGGACUCCAUCUUCAAGCUCCUCCCCCAGCUCACCUACCUGGACGGCUACGACGUCAACGACUGCGAGGCGUCCGACUCCGAAGGUGAGGUGGACGGCAUCGAUGACGAGGAUGACGAAGUUUGUCCCUCAGAGGGGGAGUCGGAGGACUUUGAGGAUGAAGAGGAGGAGGAUGAGGAAGAUGUUGUGGCUGAGGAUGAUGAUGAAGACGACGACAGCGGAGAUGAAGAGGACGGAGAGGUGAACGGAGAGGUGGACAGCGAGGAAGAAGACGAGGAUGAGGAGGACGAAGAGGAAGAUG